ACGCGAAAGUACUGGUGACGGUCUGGGAAAACCCCACGCCCACUGGGGAAAACCCAGAAUUUCUGCAGGAUCUAGAGCAAAGGAAGAGUGUUUUUCGUCCAUAGCAUUAGACAAUAGAAGCCGGGACACGUCUGUGGUAAUUUCAGGCUUAGAACAACCGAGUAAUUUGUAAAAAUGUAGACGAAAUGUGAGGUAAAAAAUAUGUGUGCUCGAAAAGACAUACCCGGAAGUAAAAUUGUUUUUCGCGCCUAGAAAUCAACCUCCAAAAUUUUUGUCACCACAGGGCAUUUUGAAUCACAUAAAAGCAGGGAGUUUAAGAAGACAAGAUGGCCAGACCACCACCAGCAGGUGCAGGUCUGGGUGAAAGGUUAGCAGGAAAUUUUGAAGAAAUGUAUCUCUCAACACCAGAACAAGAAAAUGACAAUUCGCCAAGCCCCCCAACGACCCCUUGUCCCCUCCCCUCAGAGUUAGCGCCGUUUCGGGAAGAUAUCAACCGACAUUACGAACGACAGGUUCGUCAGCAGCAACCUUUGGUGUACGACAAAGAGUUUAUCCUGGAUGUAGAAGAUACCUUUACCACAAUAGACAUUCUUCUAUACAACGAGCGGCGCCAAGCUUAUUAUCGACGUCCAUUAGACUCCAUUGCACACAUUUUCAAUCCUACUUUCAACCCCAACCCCUCAAAACCCUCAAGCUUCCUCCUAUGGGGGCCCCCUGGCAUUGGAAAGACCACGCUUAUUGCCAAGCUAUUGACUGAGUGGAACAAAUGUAAUGUAGAAGUCCUACGGCGGUAUGACCUUGUGUUUGCCAUUGCUUUGAGUAAGGUUGAGAGGACCCAGUCUCUUGUUGACUUGAUCUUUGAUCAGCUGGCACCUGAAGAUGAUGUGAACAUGAAAGAAGUCCUGACCAACCAUCUACGCAGAAGUGACAGAGUCUUGAUCAUCUUGGAUGGCUUCGACGAGCUAGAGUGGCAACCAGAUGAAGACCACGACAUCAUAAAGCUCCUGAGAGGAAGACUGUUCCCCCAUGUCUCCAUCCUCGUCACCACAAGGCCAACAUGUACCUCCGACGUCAUCAAGCAGAUGAAGCCAGACACCCGAGUCGAGGUCUUGGGCUUCAGUCCAGACAACGCGAAGAAGUACAUCUCGAAGUUUUUUGAAGAACAGCCAACAAAAAGAGAUGAACUGCUGGAGAAAAUUGGCUCGACCCUUCUGCAUACAGGAAUCUUCUCAGCGCCCAUCCUUCUUCUCCAUGUCUGCUUGCUGUGGGAAGAUGACAAGGAUCUGAUACUCAGUGACAAGAUCUUCCCCCUCUACAACAAUGUAGUAGACAGUCUUGUAAGACGGUACCAUGCGAAAGACAAGAACCCUGUCAGUGAAGAAGACGUCCAAACACUCAUCCAUGCACUGGAAAGGCUGGCCUUCGAAUGCCUUUUGAAGGAGGUCACGGUGUUCAAUCAGGAAGAUGUGAAAAGGCACUGUGGAGACCAGUACAUGAUUCUGGUGCAGAUCGGCUUGUUGAAGGAACAGAAAAGCCCGUCCAGGACACAUCCUGUCGUCCAGUACUCGUUCUCUCACAAGACGAUGCAAGAGUACUUUGCCGCACAGCACCUCGCAGAGAAGUUGAGAACAGAAGAUGCCACUAAGAGGGAAAUGUUGCAGCAGUAUUUCCCAACAGCCAGGAAGGUCCAGAUGCUCGGGGAACUUCUCAUCUUCACGUGUGGAAAGUUGGGACAAAACGCGAAAUUUGUCCUGCAUCACCUCUUGAAGAUCCAUAGCACAUCUGAUGUACAGCUUGUGGAGGAAGAGUUCUACAACUUCUUCAAAACUGGGAAAUCCAAGAAGGACUGGACCAAGGACAUCAAGUUGGAUGACUUUGCAAGUCCAAGGGAUCUGACACAAAACUUUGCCGGCCAGUGGAACGACUACCCCCAAGUGCUGCUGACGUACCAGAGCUACAUCGAGCUGUACCUUCUCUGCUGUUACGAGAGUGGUCUCACAGCGCAGUUUGCAGAGCAGGUGUUCCUCAGAGACAGCAUCCAGUUCUCAGGGGCCAGCCCAAGAGUGUACAGCGUGCUGUCUCACAUGAUAGAAGAAGAAAGUGAGAAGAUGAAGAGAAUGGAACACCUCCGUCUAGUCAACACGCAGAACUACGUCCUUGGCUCAACUCUGGAGGAGCUGCACAAGUUGCCAGGUCUGACUGAGCUAAACCUACGCCAGUCUCGACUGGGCAGACACCUACCAAAGUGCACAAUCCCCAGGAGGCUGGAGCUACGGUUCAAGUACAGAAGACUGACGAAGAUGUCUGAAGACAACUUGGCCAAGGCUCCUGCCCUCCUAGCCAAGAAGCUUCGCCACUUGAGAUCGCUAAAGAAGCUGGUCAUAUCUUGGAAUGACCUCGGCCCAGAAGACAUGAAACAGCAAAUCCUUCCAGCCAUUCGGGCACUGACUGACCUUGAAGAACUGUUCCUGUCAGGAAAUGACCUUCGUGGCCUGGGAAAGGACGUUGCUGACCUUGUAGCCUCCCUGCCCAAGUUGAAAGAGUUCAAGGUCUACUUCUGCCAGCUCACCUUUGAAGAAAUAAAGAAGAUAGCAUCCAGUCUGAAGGAGUACUGUCCAGACCUGACCCUGUUUGACUGCCAGCUGAACCCCAUCCAGCCUGACGAGUCCAUUUGGGUUGGAGACAAAGAGCUAAAAAAAGUCAAGGCUGUACUCGGGGACAAGGUGUCCAUACCAUCUGGGUAA